AUGGUCGGAGGCAGAGAACUGACGAUAUAUGCGAUUGAUGUCUCCCCGUCGAUGUCCACGAAGAGGAGUGUCGUGGAUCCAACCACUGGCGAAACCACAUCGGUGACUAACUUGGAGCAUGGGUUGGAAGUGGUCAAGCAUCAAGUCGCAAACAUGCUUCUCGCUGGCUUGAAAACCGUUCACUGUGGAAUCGUCCUUUUCGGAACAGACCAUACCGACAAUUCGUUGUCGGAUAGUGGAUAUGAAUACAUUUGGGAGUAUGUCGCCCCAACACAACCCCACGCCCUCACCCUUUCACGUAUUACUACUAUCCGGGAUCAUUUGACCACAUCUGAGAAACCUUUCAAAGGAGAUUUAUUAUCGGCCAUCAUUUUAUGCAACCAUCUCAUGGGCGCAACUUUAGGAGCCAAAAAGUGGACUCGGAAGCUUGUCUUAGUCACAGAUGCUCAAACCGAGACUGAUUGGAACGGGUGGAAAGAACAAAGGGACCAAAUGAAGUUGGAUGAUGUCAGAUUGAACGUGAUCGGCGUUGACUUUGACGACCCGGAAUACGGUUAUAUCCAGCCUAACAAGCCGGAAACCAAGGGUAUCAAUGAAAAAAUACUUUAUAAACUAUGUAGAGGUCUUGCCAAUACUUCUAGCUGUUCGACAGCCGAGGCAGCCGUCCUGAGCGCUCAAUCUCCCCAGCCGCGUGUCUCGAGCAGUGUCCCGGCUCCAGUGCUGCUUUCUCUGGGCUAUCCUGACCAGGAGACUUCAGAAACCGAAGGCUAUGAUCCGCAAGAGACUCUUUUUAUGAGGUGCGAGUUGCGGAAAUGUACUACCAUCGUAAGACCGAUGUCUGCCAAGAAAAUGAGCAAGUUUGGCGUUCCGAGCGAGAUUGAACGGAGGCGCAAGGACUUGGAAUCGAUGAAUGCAAGGAGCCAACCGGGACACCAGCUUCCGGCGGACGAUGAUGAGGACGAUGAAGAUGGUCUCCUGGGUCUCUUACAGGUCAAUCGGAAACAUGUCUACGUCGGCAAGAAAGCCCAAGAUGGCCCGUCCAAAGGCGCCGGCCCGGGCGACGACAGCGAUGACCUUGACAUGCAAGACUCGAGUGACGAGGAGCCGGCGCCGACCGCAGGCCGAGAGGCCGAUCGAGAAAACUUAGCCAAGGCUUAUAAAUAUGGAGCAAGUCUGGUGAUCGUCGAUCAAGAAGACGAGGCAGCGAUUCGCCAAUCUUUCACGGAAUCUCUGGAAAUUACAGGAUUCGUAAAACUUUCAAACGUCCCUCGGGAUCACCUCCUGAACAAUGUUUAUUACCUAUAUACCAUACGAACGGACUAUGGCAGCCAGAUCACCUUUUCUGCGAUUGUCCGGGCCAUGCACACCGCGAAGCGAGCGGCUAUUGCUCGAUAUGUUAGUCGGUCAAAGACGGCCGAACCUAAGAUGGUGCUCCUCAUUCCGGUUGUCGAAGAGACGAUUCGAUAUUUUCUAUUCAUCCAGGUCCCCUUCGCAGAGGAUCUGAGAGAAUACGACUUUCCUGCGCUUGCAUCAGUCACGAUUCCGCCGGGCAGAAAAAUUCCAAGCCAAUACGUACCGACGGCGGAGAUGCAAGAAGCCAUGGAUGAUCUGGUGGACAAGAUGGACCUAUCGGUGGAGGAUGUGCCGAGCACAUCGGAGGACGACAGGACUCGACCAUGGCUGAGGCUCGAAGAGACCUGCAAUCCAGCCAUCCACCAUGUCAAGAACUGUGUCCUCUACCGACUCAGCCAUCCCACAUGCGUAGACUUGGCUCCCGUGCAUCCGGAAUUGGCCAAGUGCAUGGCUCCACCUCCGCACGUUGCCCAACGGGCAGCCUCGAGUCUGGAACGCGUCAAACAGCUGAUGGAGACCAAGACUGUGCCCGCUCUACCUAAAUCGCAGCGGAGGAAGGUCACUCGACAGACUGUUGCAGACGGCGAUGAUGAGAUUGAUCUGGAUGACAUCCUGGGAGAUGCUUGA